AUGGCAUCACCCAAUGCAUCCACUCCCUCCAAGCCCAAUUUCUACGCCCUAGUCAACUAUGAAGACCCCUACGUUCAACCCCUCAUCCUCUCAGCCCUCCGCACCCGCCUCCCACCAUCCUCAUAUCACUUAAUCUCCGCUCUCUCCUUUCUCCCUUCAAAAUCCUCCCCGGUCCUCCAAUUUCUACAAUACGAAUCUAUCGACUUUGACCACUUGCUUUCCCACCCCACAACAUCUCUCUCAAAUGCGUACAUCAUCCGCAAAGCACUGAUCCGGAAACAUUAUCUCAGUACCACAGUUUCGAAUUGGAUUACCAAGUAUCCGGAAAGCGUGCUGAGGCAGUGUGUGAAGCCGAGUGUGGAAUUCGAGGUGGAUUAUGCGGAGUUUCUUGAUGAUGCACUGGUGGAGGCUUGGGAGUUGAGGGAGAGUUGGGGGAGGAAUGAGAAGUUGGAUUUGGAGGGAGGAGGGGAGGAGAAGGAGAAGGAGUGGUGGAUUUUAAAGCCGGGGAUGAGUGAGCGGGGACAGGGGAUUAGGUUGUUUGGCAGUGAGGAGGAACUGGUGAGAAUUUUUGAGGAGUGGGAUCCAGAGUCUGAUGACGAUGUCGAGGAUGAGGACGAGGAUAAUGCAGACACAGAUACAGGUGCACGUAGCGACCAACACACUCAAGAAACCAAGACUAGAACUACAGAGAAGCAUGAAGGCAACGGCAUCAUAACAUCCCAACUCCGACACUUCAUCGCCCAGCCUUACAUCCACCCCCCUCUCUUGCUCUCCCCUCGCUCCUCCUCCUCCUCCUCCAUAUCCACCACUCUGCCCCGGAAAUUCCACAUCCGGACCUACGUCCUCGCAGUCGGCGCGCUAAAAAUCUACGUAUACAAACCUAUGCUCGCGCUCUUCGCAGCCAGACCCUACAUGCCGCCCUGGGAAUCCGCGAAUGACGACGAGAGCCUAAGAGCGCAUCUCACAAACACAUGUCUUCAAGACACCAGCGAGCGGGAAGGCUCUGUUGAGCUUUUCUGGUCGUUGCCAGAUUCCCUCACUACCUCCAACUCCAACACCAACACUCUCCCAAACAGCAGUUGGAAAUCAGCCAUAUUCUCCCAAAUCUGCGCCAUCACUUCUGAAACCUUCCUCGCUGCAGCUAGAAGCAUGUCCAUACAUUUCCAACCACUCCCCAAUGCCUUCGAGAUCUUUGGCGUGGAUUUUCUGGUCGGUGUUGAGGGCGAUGGGCGCUUGAAUACGUAUUUAUUGGAGGUGAAUGCGUUUCCCGAUUUCCGGCAGACGGGGACGGAGUUGAAGGGGUUGGUGGAGGGGUUGUUUGAAGGGGUUGUGGAUGUGGGAGUUAGGCCAUUUUUUGAGGUGGAAGGAGAGGGGAAGGCUGUAGGGGAGGAGGAGGAGAAGAUGGUGAGGGUUUUGGAUGUUGAUUUAGGACGAAGGUGA